AUGCAAAAAUAAUGCAAAAGGUAAAUACUGUGUGGCGGAGGGAUACAAACACUAAGGCACACAACAUGGCCGUCACCUCAGUCAUGUCCUCUCCAUGUGAACCGGCCCAUCGUGGCGUAAUGCAAGUCGAUAGGGCAAACUGGCGUACACCUCGGCUUCCCAUUGGCUCGUGGAUGUGCCACUCACAGUCUGAUGUCAAUGACGUAGCUCGUACGCUGGCUUCACUGUAUCGCCUUGGUGGACAGUAUAGUGACUUCAAAAAUGAAAUGGAAUAAAAUGUCGCGGAUUCUUUCAGACCGAGACGCCACUUUAGCGUAAUUUAGUCGAUGGUUAUUUAUUGAGAAGUAUAUCACUCGGAACCGGCGUUGGCAGACGUAUCUUUGGGGUUUUUCUCGGCUAUAUUUCCUAUAUUUCAGGCGACAUCUCCUCAGCGGCCUCCACCAACGCUUGACAUCCACCCCGCCAGAGAAUGUGUGCGCGCCGCUGCCCUCCGUUGCCUUCCUCUUUCUGAGUGUUGUCGGGGCUGACGUGGGAGAAAAGAGACCUUGCGGGCUGCACUGAGAAGCACUUCUUUAUUUUGUACUUGACAAGCUGACUGCCGCAAAGCAUCAUGGGUAGGAAAAAGAUCCAGAUCCAGCGGAUCACAGAUGAAAGAAACAAACAAGUGACGUUCACAAAGCGGAAGUUUGGCCUGAUGAAGAAAGCCUACGAGCUGAGCGUGCUGUGCGACUGCGAGAUCGCUCUGAUCAUCUUCAACCACGCCAACAAGCUGUUCCAGUACGCCAGCACCGACAUGGACAAGGUCCUGCUCAAGUACACCGAGUACAACGAACCCCACGAGAGCCGCACCAAUGCAGACAUCAUCGAGACGUUGAGAAAGAAAGGCUUCAAUGGCUGCGACAGUCCGGAGCCUGAUGGCGAAGACUCCAUCGAUCAGAGCCCCCUCAAUGACGACAAGUUCCGUAAGACCACAGAGGACCUGGAUGUUCUCUACAAACGCUACGGACAGUCCACAGCCCCGCCGCAGACCUUCUCCAUGCCCGUCACCGUGCAGGCGUCCAAUCCCAGCACGCUGCAAUUCAGUAACCCCGGCAACGCGCUGGUAACUACCUCCUACGUGACGUCGUCGUCGCUCACAGACAGCCACCUCCUGUCGCCACAGCAACCGGCUCCUCUGAGGAACACCGUGUCUCCUGGGUUGCCGCAGCGACCGGCCAGCGCAGGCGCACUUCUUGGGGGGGACCUGAGUAAUUCCAAUGGAGGCUGUCCCAGUCCAGUCCCUAACGGCUACACCAGCGCCAGGGCUUCCCCGGGCCUCCUCAGUGUAUCCAACGGCAGCAGCCUGGGCAAAGUCGCCCCGGCCAAGUCUCCGCCCCCGCCUUCCAGCCCCCAGAUGGCCAGCAACCGCAAGCCGGACCUGCGAGUCAUCACCUCUCAGGGCGGAAAGAGCCUGAUGCAGAUGAACGCCCAGCGGCUGGCAGCCGGCACCCAGGUGGCCCAAACCCUGACCACGCCCGUGGUGUCAGUGGCCACGCCCAGCCUCCUGGCGCAGGGGCUGCCCUUCUCCGCCAUGCCCACAGCGUACAACACAGAGUACCAGCUGACGAGCGCGGACCUCACUGCGCUACACGCCCUGGCGUCUCCCGGCGGCUUGUUGCCCAGCAGCGUGGCGACGUGGCAACCGCAGCAGGCCGUCUCCCAGCAACCGCAGCAACAGCAGCAAACGCCACAGCUCAAUCUCGCAUCGCUCAGCAACUUGGUCAUGUGGGGCGUGGACAAACAGAGCAGCGAGCUGACUAGCCAGGUGUCCAGUCUGGCUGCCAACCUGAGUCUCAGCUCUCCGUCCAACCUGCUCUUGGGUAGAGAUGAGUGGUUGGGCCGGCCUGUGACGCACAUACCUCAAGGUGCCAUGUUGACGGUCAACACCAGCGCCGGCGUGAGCAUCAAGUCGGAGCCCGUGUCGCCCGGCCGGGACCGCAGCACCCCCUGCCCUCCUCCGGCGCCGCCUCCUUCCUCUGCCACGCCGUCCUCCGCCGCACUGACCGCACCGCCGCAGUACCCGGGAUCCCUGCUGUGCCUGGAGCCCCCGACCGGACGCUCGCCCGCAGACAGCGUGAGCAGCAACGCCAGCUCCUUCGAAGGCAGCGAUCGCGAAGACACAGGCGGCGGCGGCGCUAGUAUCGGAACUACUGCCGCUACAGGAAAUGUCGGACCGGGCCGCUCUGACUUCAGCCCCUCGCCGGAGCUCCUCAGGGCGCCCACCGAAGCGGAGCAAGAAGGGGGCAACGUCAAGCGAAUGAGAUUAGACGCCUGGGUCACAUAGAGGGACGGGGGCGGGGGGGACGCCCCCUCAUGGAGAAGGUUUGAACGACACUUAAACACCACACACACUCACACGACACGUCCACUUCCUUGGCCCCAUGAACCAAUCGGUGGAGAGGCCACACCCCUCCCGUCACUCCCACAGAAGCUUCACGUGUUGGCGCCGAGGCUCCGACACGCCAUCGCCAUCGCCAUCGCCACCUCCUUUGCUAGCUGCGGCCUCACUUGUAGGAACUUUGUAUAAAAGCUCCCUCGUAGCUUCAUGUCCGCUCUGCCGCCCCCGCUAGACCCCCCCGGUUCCUAGAGGAACACUUUCUAGAUUUCUACGUCUUCAUUCGGCCACCGUGGCUUUUUGGCUUGACGCGUGUGUUUGUACAUAGAGUAUAGCCGCUAGCUAGCCCCCAGAAACUAAGCAAUGUGUUGACUCAGUGGAUCUGUUCACCUGAACUCCUCCUCCUCCUCCUCCUCCUCCUCUUCUAAUUCUUCUUCUACCGCAGCGUGUCACUAGGUGGCCACGGCGUGUUGCUCACUCUUUAGGUUGCUACACAAUCACGCACGGAGACUUUAGCGGGAUGCACGCGUCACGUCUUCAUAUUCACUCUUGGUACUUCCUUCUUCACGCAUCUCAGCUGUGUGUGUGUGUGUGUGUGUGUGUGUGUGUGUACACGUUCUACAGAUGAUGUCUACUCUCCCAAAACACACGGUCGCUAGACUGUUAGUAAGCCCCGCCCCUUUGGUGGUCACACGGAACGGUGACACGAGUAACUUUUUGUAAUAUGACCUUUCUAGCAGCUACUAGCUAAAACGGAGGGAAGCUCAGACUGUUACUUCAUGACAACGCAACCCCCCUUCAGCUUUUACACUUGGAUGAGCCCGAGCCAGGCCGGGCCAGACCAGACCAGACCAGGAUGGAGAAUGGCAGCUAGGAUGAUCACGUAGUGCCGUGAAGGUUAGGAUGUUAAGAAUGCAUGAUGGACGCUUGGACACGUUGGUGCUUUGUAGGGCAUCAACAUGCGUCCCUGGUCCUCCAUGGGCUAAGGUUAGCUUGGGAAGCUACAUCAGCGUGCUACGUUCCUGAGAAGAUGUUACGUCACGCUCCUCAGCUUGGUCUUUUUUGUUUGCCUUCUGGAUCCUUGGCGCAUCCCUGGCUUCUUCCCGUGCCGUCCUUCCUCCUUGAUGAUGUUUGGGAAUGGAGGUAGUGGAGCUGUGGAGGAAUAGUUUCAGCCCCAGAACUUGGACCAUCUGAAACAUAGACGGGAUGGCAUCUGUAGCGUCAUUAGCCCAUCCUGGGAAGAACCACCACCAGGCUGGCAUCCUUGGUUUUCCUUUCCCACGCUAAGCCCCCCCAAGCGCUUGUUUGUCCCACGCCCAUCUUUCAGAUUUUCAUCUGAGGAAGGGAGAAAAGCAACCCAACGUGUGGAAAGACAGUCGCUCCUCCGAUAUCCUCCAUGUUUGAUUUCUACCUGAGCCUUUUUUAGCCCUUUGAUUAGCACAUCAACAUUUCACUGGAAUGCUGCUUUUUUGUACAGAUGAUCAAUCAGUGGUUAGCAUGUAGGCCACACGGCCACGACAUGGGCCCACUCGGCCAUCUCUGUGUGGAGUUUGCAUGUUCUUUUCUCCGGGUACCCCCCCCCCCCCCCCCAUUCCAAAAACAUGCUAGCUGCAUUGUCCACUCCAAAUUGUCCAUAGGUGUCCAUGAAUGUGGGUGGGAAUGGUUGUUGGUCUGUAUGUGCCCUGGGAUUGGCUGUACCCCGCCUCUCACCCACAGCUGGGAUAGGCUCCAGCAUACCCCACCAUAGUGAGGAUAAGCGGCAUAGAAAAUGGAUGGACGGUCAAAGUAGGCCAAAUUGCUCCGUAGACAUCAUGUGACUGUCUGUGUCUAAAGCUUGUAUUGCUCUCGUUGGUCACGUGACCAAUCCCGUUUGUCGUCUCGUACGUCGCAUCCCGUACGGAUGCUUUGAUGGGAUUGGUGGCUGUGUGGGCGCCAACGUGUGGACCUUGGCUUGUCAGGACGUCUUUCACCGCUCGCUUUGGCUUCCUCCUUCCACAAGAUGGCGCUAAUGUUGCUUUUCUCCCAGCCUCCUCACAGACCUUUUCCAGUCUCCUCCCAGACUUUUUCCAGUCUCCUCCCAGACCUUUUCCAGUCUCCUCCCAGACCUUUUCCAGUCUCCUCCCAGACUUUUUCCAGUCUCCUCCCAGUCUCCUCCCAGACCUUUUCCAGUCUCCUCCCAGACUUUUUCCAGUCUCCUCCCAGACCUUUUCCAGUCUCCUCCCAGACUUUUUCCAGUCUCCUCCCAGACCUUUUCCAGUCUCCUCCCAGACCUUUUCCAGUCUCCUCCUAGACUUUUUCCAGUCUCCUCUCAGCCUUUUUCCAGUUUCCUCUCAGUCUCCUCCAAGUCUCUUUCCAGCCUCCUCCCAGUCUCCUCUCAGCCUUCUCCCAGUCUCCUCCCAGCCUCCUUCCAGCCUUUUUCCAGUCUCCUCCCAGCCUUUUCCCAGCCUCCUUCCAGCCUUUUUCCAGUCUCCUCCCAGCCUUUUCCCAGUCUCCUCCCAGCCUUUUCCCAGUCUCCUCCCAGCCUUUUCCCACUCUCCUCUCAGCCUCCUCCCAGCCUUUUCCCACUCUCCUCUCAGCCUCCUCCCAGCCUUUUCCCAGUCUCCUCUCAGCCUCCUCCCAGCCUUUUCCCAGUCUCCUCUCAGCCUCCUCCCAGCCUUUUCCCAGUCUCCUCUCAGCCUCCUCCCAGCCUUUUCCCAGUCUCCUCCCAGCCUUUUCCCAGUCUCCUCCCAGCUUCCUGCAGCCCAAUUUGAAGGAAGGCCUGUCAUCUUGUUGAGUGUUGACCCAGCCAUGUCUAUCCGGCCCCCAUGUUUGGAAUGUGGACUUGUUAACCCGGUGCAGUGUAAAGUGUACAUCCUUGGCAUCCACUUCCUUUCCAAGCAUCAUCUGCCACGGAUCGGUCACACGC